GUUCCGAGCACAUCUGAGGUAUUAUUUGGGGUUAUGUUAUAUUUGAAUGUAACAGUUGGUUAUUUUUGUUAGAAAUUUGUUUCGCCUAAAAUAUCACGAAUUUCAUAAUGCAUUUAAAGAAAAUUGAAACGAGCCAAAUCAAACAGGAAAUCAUCUGUUUCGAUUCCAGCGAAGCUUCUGAAACUGACGAAAUUGCAAAGUUGAAUGCACCUGAACAUAAUGAAAUAACUUCUUGCAUUGAAAACAUCAUGGAGAAUCUGGAAAAUAAUUCCGAUGGGAAACCAAUUAAAGAAGGAAGAGAAGACGUCGACUUCCACCUUGAUAAUUUGAAAAUGGAAAUUGGUGAACACAGUUUAGUUCAAUCUGAUCUUUGCGGGGUGUGCAAUGGAAAGUUAAAUAAUGAAGCAGACUUUACUAAUGCAACUGAUGAGUUUCUUUGUAUUUGCCAAGAGCAGAGGGAAUUGAAGCCGGAUUACGUAAACUUUGAGGAUCUAGUUCAAGAAUGUGGCAUCACUGCAGUUUCCGAAAUUAAAGAAGAAUCGAUAUCUGAGGGAGAAGUUACUUCUGAAGAAAGCUCAUUGACAGUACAUCUGAGUGAAAGAACUUGCAAAAUAUGUGAAAAAGUUUUUAAAAACAAGUGGAAUUUGAAGGUACACAUGAAAAAACAUUCAGAGGAAAAACCGUUUUAUUGUGAAAUCUGUUCAAAGUAUUACAAGUAUAAGAAAACCGUGGAAGCUCACAGGAGGUUUCACGCGGGGGAAGCAACAGUUACAUGUGAAAUUUGCAAAAAAGUCCUCAUGAAUAGGCAUCUCUUGCAAACUCAUAUGAUGAGUCACAAAAGCGAACUACCUUUCCAGUGUGAAAUCUGUUCGAAAUAUUUCAAACACAAGAAGUCUCUGAAACUCCAUCUACAAUAUAUGCACAAAGAAGAGAAAACAUCAUCUGAAAAUUCCCCCACAGAACUUGAGAAGAAAGAGCCGUUCUGUGUAAUUUGUUCAAAAUAUUUCAGAAAUAAGUGUCACUUGAAGGAGCAUAUGAGAGUCCAUACAGGAGAGAAACCAUUUGAUUGUAAAUUUUGCCCAAAAUCCUUCAGCCACAAAUGUGCCUUGAUAAAACACGAAAGAAUCCAUACAGGAGAGAAACCAUUCAGCUGCUCAGAUUGUUCAAGAUCUUUCAACCAGAGCUGGCAUUUGAGGCAACACGAAAAACGCCACAAUAAAGAACAAGAGAAACUAUUUUCUUGUGAAAUUUGUUCAAAAUCUUUCAGAGAAAAAAGUUAUUUGAGAAGCCACAAGGAGGUUCAUCGAACAGACAAAAAAUUCUGUUGUAACAUCUGCUCCAAAUCAUUCAAAUACAACCGAGGUUUGAUAUACCAUCGAAAGACUCAUGACGAAGAAAAAUUAUUCCAAUGUGACGUCUGCUCCAAAUCAUUCAAGCAUAACGAAGGCUUGAAAGGCCAUCAGAAGAUUCAUACGAAGGAAAGAUUCCAAUGUGAAAUAUGCCAGAAAUUCUUCAAAUUCAAAUCAAGUAUAAAAGUUCAUCAUCGCAGAUUCCAUUCGAACGAAAAAAAGAUUUCACUGUGAAACCUGUUCCGAGUCUUUCAAAUAUCCAGGUACUUUUAGUGUUCACAGAAGAAAACAUGCCGAAGAAUUCUAAUUUAAAUACAAAACAUUCACCAUUCCUAAUGUAGUUUCUUGUCAUGGAUGGUUCUAUUUUGAUCCAUGAUAAGAACUCGCAACAAUCAACUGACACUGGUUUCAGAGUAUUGAUCCUCGUCACUGCAGGACAGUUCUACCCAAGAGAGCAGUGCUGUUUGGGACUCUACUGAAUUAAUUGAUGUUCUAACUUAUAUAUGAAAUCUGACUGAAACAGAGUCUGUAUUAAAGGCAAUGAAGUACUAAUGGUUUUGUAUUGUGAACGAAGUUCCAAGUAGAGAAGUGUAUUAAAAAUCAAAUUAAUCUGAUUACUGUUGAGAAGAAAUUUCCACACAGUAGAAUAUGGCGAACGAA